AACACUGCUGCUGUCCUCUCUGUCCUCUCCUCCAGCAGCAGCUCGUGUGGACUCAGGAUGAAUAAAGCCAUGGCUGCUACCGGUGCUGCUCCAGCUGCGUUGUGGGUGCAGGGCUUUGGUUUUUGGUGUUCCUCAUGAAGGGUAUCCCAGACGCACCCGUGGUCCCCAGGCAGUGGUUUGAGUCCCUUGGUGGCCAAGGUAUCACGGCACCAGUUACCAGGAGACACCAUCACCAUCCCAACGGAGACAUUCCACAGCCACCCCUGGCUCGGGGCAGGCAGAAGCUACUGUGGGGCAGCCCCACCGCAGCAUCUGCCUUUCCGUUUGUCCAUCCCUCCCUGCAGGACGUGGGGCUGGGCACGGCAGGGAGAGCACACACCAGCAUGAACUUGUACACCACAAACUAUGCAGUGGCUAAUGGCCAGCAGCAUUUACAUCCCCACAUCAGCCACCCCACCGAGAGCGGCUUUGUGACCAACAACCUCUCAGCCGUCUUCAACCUUCUCUGCCCACCCAGCAGAGCGGAGGGCUACUGCCUCCACACUGCUGUGUCCACCACCACUGAGCACUUCCAGCCCCUCUGUUUCCCCGAAGACCGGAGCCUCCUGGCCCAGUGCAACUACCAGCCACAGAAGAGCUGCUAUUCUCACCUCCACACUGGAGUGGAAGGUCCUCAGGACAUGGGGCAAUGCAGCAAGAACAACUGCACCGGUCCUACCUGUCCAGAUGUUCUCCAGAAGAUGACCAUUGGUGCCAAAGAGCCACCAGGCUUCUCCGUGGCCACCUGGAGGAGUGACGGCAUUCUGCCACCCGUGAGCCCCAGCCCCCUGGAUCUCCUGUCCCCCACUACUCUCCCAUUCCCGCUGCACCCCAUGAAAUGCAUUUCCCAGUGUAGGGCAGAGGACAUGCAUGUCCCAGCCAUCCCAUCCAUCUGCCAGGGUGGUGAGAAGAUCCUAGUGCUGCCGACGAUCUCCAAAAGAGGCAGUGCGUUCAUCUGGGAGGUGCCAGGCUGCCAGGGCAUGGAGAUAAGAAGGACCUCAUCCCACUGCCUGGGCGCAGAGGGCUUGCCCAAGGUGGGUCACCCCAUCCCACUCAUGUCCCAAGGGCUGCAGGUGCCACGAGUGAUCCGGGCCAGCUUGCCAGGACAAUACCGUGCUGUCAGGAAGGAGCCGUUGGGGUUUACCACCAAGAAUGGCCAGUACCCGGCCCUGCCUCUCGCUGUGCCAGCUUGGUGUUGGUGGGGUCCAACUUGGAUGGGGAGACCCAUGGCGAGCAUCCAGCCCCCGCACCCGAGUGGCUUCACCACCAACAAUGACCCCACCAAGAUCUGAGGUGACACUGAGGUCCUCCUUGGGGGCUGGAUCUCAGGAGUCUCAGGACCUCCCCAUUCCCUGGGA